CCUUAACUUUGUGCCUACGGUUUUCCCUUAUCGCUUCCUCAGUUUAGCAAUAUUAUCCAAUUGCUUCCCCUCUCUAUAUAGUCACCUUCAUUUCAGUUGCUCUCUCAAUCCAAAACCACACUACAAAUAUCAAAUAUACCAACCACCAACUCGCUUAUAUUUUUGUUCAUCUAAAAAGCAAGAAGAGUUGUUAUAUAUAGAAGAUGAGUUCAGGAAGCAGAACUUGGGGUGUGGCAGCUAGUGUUGGAGUUGUAGAGGCCUUGAAGGACCAGGGCUUGUGCAGGUGGAAUAGUGUUUUAAGAUCUGCACAACAUCAACUUAAGAACCAUGUGAGAUCUUUGUCUCAGGCAAAGAAGGUUUCUUCCUCUUCUUUUUCUAACGUUUCCAGCAGAUUAAAGGAAGAGGGUGUAAAGCAAUCAGAAGAGUCCUUCAGGACAGUCAUGUACUUAAGCUGUUGGGGUCCCAAUUAGAUAUUCUCAUGGUCAUGUAAAUUUUGAUAAAUGAAAAUCAAAGUUUUGAGCAAUUCCA